CUGGUGGAGGGCCGGGAGUGCUUGUCCUGCUCGUGGUGGUCGUCUCCCUGCUGCUCGUUCUCGCUCAUGGUCUUGGUCGUCGGCAUCGGCGUCGGGAGUGUCGGGCGUUUGGCCGCUUGGGCCUGUGCUUCUUCCCGCCCCGCUUGCCGGGCUUCUUCGCAGCUGCAGCUGCUGCAACCGCCGCCUCCUGAGCGAGGAGCUCCUCUUCGUUCCUCUUGGCCUCUUCCUCGUCGCGCUCGCGUUUCUGCUUCUCCUUCUCGACCUCCUCAGGGGACUUCUGCUUGUCCUUCUGUGGUCCGGCCUCGCGCUUCUGCUUGUUGCGCUGCUCGUAUAUGCGCUGAAGGCGGGCCACGGUCCGGCCACGGGGGAUGUCCCUUCCGCUUGCUGCUGUUGAGCGUUGGGCUGGUUCUGCGCCUCGAGGUUGUUGACCCCACCGUUACCAGCGGUCCCGUCUCCAUCAUACCGCUGGCCGUCCAUUUGCCCGUGCGGGCUGGUCAUCGCCGAGGGGAGACUCGACGAGGCGGGCGGCUGGUCGUCGCCGGGACAUGCACCGUCACCUCUGCACGGCACGGCACGACACACAGAGAGAGAUGAAGUGUCAUGCGCGUGUGUCUGUUGUGUGUGGUGCAUUUCGUGUGUCCUUUCUUUUGAGUCGUGUGCAUGGCUUACAUGUCCUCCUGAGUCUGGUCCUGAGCCUCGUCAAACAUGUCACCUUGAAACUCACGGACCUCCUCAUUCUCACCCUCACCACCCUCACCAUCCCCAUCCUCUAGAGGAAGACGAUGCCUGUUCCUGGUGGCGGUUCUGGUGGCACAAUGGUGGCACAACAGACAACAGACAACAAGAUAUACUUUGCUCAAUUGCCUUUGCUGAUGAGCGAAUGCUCGUCUUUGUCUUGUGGAUGUGGUGCUUCUUCUUGGCUCGUUGUCUGUCUGUCUCGCCACACCGAUUGACGCCGAGUCCGCCUGCAAUGCCAUGCAGAAACAGACCAUUACAGGAGUCGACACACAUGAGUGACAAGUGGGUUUACGUUGUGCUACGGUGAGUGAGUAUGGGUUGGUAGGUGUCUGUC